UAUGUAUUGAGCAGUCUUUAUAGAAAACCAUUCAACCACAUAAAGCCAUUUUAAUUUAGGAAAACAAUAUUUUGUUUUAAAAAAAACAUCCUUAUAAUAAAACACCAGUUUUACAGAGAUGUAUUCUAUCAACUUACCUGCGAAUGUGUUUGAGAAACCGUGAAAUGAUUGUCCAAUGUUUGGAACUAUAGAGCCCUCCAUGACACGAGUUACUUCCGCAUUCCAUUCACCCAACGGACGUCUAUGCGAGUGUCGCAACUCUGUUUUUCAACGGCUCUGGUGCUAAUCUGCUAGCCUCCAUGUGAACUAACAUACCUGUUAAUGCAGAGGUGGAUUGGUCUAAUGCAGCCUUACAAUUAUACAGGCCUCCGGGUGAGAAACUGCAUUUUAAUUAACUGCAAAGAGGUCAUCGAAGAAAAUGAUGAUGCUGGUGAUGCCACCUAUACAAGCAGCGACACCUGCUGAUCUAUCAUGGACUUUGUCUUCAGUGAAGAUGUUCCUCGUGAUUUUCCUCACGAUGGCGCCAUUGUGGAACUCAUUGCCAUGGAAACAGCGCGAGUGGGUCUGCCUCUGAACUUCAUGUGCACGCGGAGAGGAACGCCACAGCACGUCAGAAAUAUUGAAGUACUCAAUAAACAUAUUCUGCUUCAACUCGUCAUAUAAAAAGUUUUGCAAUGUUGCCGUGAAAGUCAUUUGAGACAUCAUGAAGACGAGCUUUCGCCAAACCCUCCCCUCUCUCAGGUCUCUGGUGGUGUUCUGAUGGAGCGAGUGUGACGCAGCGGUGGAGUCCAGACGGACGAGACGUCGGCUCGUGUGUUAAAAUGUCUGCGUGUGCAGAGUUCGCAGAGCACGUGUGGAAACCCGGAUCGUGUAAGAACUGCUUUCAUCCUCGCAGCGCUCACGGGCAGAGCGUGUGUGUCAGAAACAGUCUUCUGCUGGAGGACGAGGAUGGGUUGAGCUCUCCAUCGCCUUACAGUAAACCCACCAUCGCUGUCAGACCCACCAUGAUGAACGUGGACGUCGCCACAGAUAUCAACAUGAACAUGGAGCAGGCCGGUCAGAUGAGCGCUGUGGGACUGAAGAAAGCCGUGGAUUUGGCUCCUCUGUUCAUGGACAGUAACAGAUGCCACAGGACUCUGCUCAUACAAAACAACUCGAUCUCUGGAAUGAAGGAAUAUUCCAGCAAAUUCACAUCAAACCUCUCAGCUACAGGAUUCUCGAACGACUCUAUGAUCAUGAGUAGCAUGUUUAUGGGUGACGAAGACGGCGGUGUGAGAGAGAAGGGAGACCCCUGCAGACCGCAGGAGAAAGCGCACCACAGCACUUACGUGAACGGAGAUUCAUGUCUUCACGGCGUGACUCAAAGAAACCUGUCGACAGGUGAUCCAGGAGUUCGUCUCGGGACAGACGUGGGAACAGCAGCAGCGGUGAACAGACUCAACAGAACAUCUCAAGAGAGUUGUCCAGACUCGCGUCUGUCAGAUGGAAGCAGUAUAGAUUCAUUCACGAGUCCUCAGAACUCUCGGGAUGCAGCAAGCGCUCCACCGGACGGACUCGAGGAGAGCGAGCCAGUCUACGCCGAGAGCACCAAGAGAAAGCGUCGACCGACGGAAGAUGGAAAAUCCCAUCCGGAGGUCGGUGAAAAUCAAAGAGCAACUAUUACAGUCAUGGCCGCCCGUACGGAGGAAAACAACCUGACGUUUUACCUGAGGAGCCCGGAUUCUGCCGUCAGCACUCAAUGGACUCACUUCAGCCCUAAAGAUCCGUCCGUCCCGGCCUUCACUUGGCCAGACGCCUCCAGUCCCACCGCUUCAGCCCAACCAAAACCUCAGUCCAGUCCACCGGUGCCUCCUAAAACCAACACUCGCUCACCCCGACUCGGAGCCUCCAGUUUAACACCUUUACCUGAACUCAGCUUCCACGUGUCUCCAAAAGACAUCCCGCAGGGAGACGGAGCGUCGGAGCGCAUGACCCUGAGCCUCAGGAGUCUGGAGGGUCGUAUCGAUGAGGUGGAUGAAGAGCAUGAGCGGGAGGAGAGGACGGCCCGGAGAACAGAGUCUGACCUCAAUGAAUCUGCUGUGUGUGAGAGUCGGUGGAGAGAAUCGAGCGAGGGCAGAACGACGACAGGCACCAACAACAACAAAAGCUCCAGUCAGACGCACGAGCUCAGAGCCGUCUCAUCCUCGUCUCUUCUAGAAGUCAGCGCUGAGAGAACCGCCGGACCUGAACCUCCUCCACCUCCUCCAAAAAAACACCACCGGGUGUGUAAUCGUUUGAGUGUCAGUGGGAUGGACAUGGAGCGGAUCGGCCAGCACUGUUCAGUGGAGAAUCUGAGUCAGUCACUGCGAACUCUUCACUGCUGCACCACCAACACAUCUACAGACAGCCUGCACGCGCUCACAGACACCGACUCCACCCUUCGCUCUUGCCCCUCCCCUUUUCCCAGCAGCCCAUUGGCCUCCGCCCCAGCGUCACCGCAGCCUGACGGGUUUCCUAGCAACAGCCUCACGCAUCAGAUGCCUCCUCCGUUACCUCAGAAGAAGCUUGUGAACCGCACCGUCUCUGCUCCCAGCCAAUCGGGUGUCAAACCGCUGGUGCGGGCGAGGCCACGCCUCCCGUUCGGCGGCUCAGAAACUAACGUGAGUCACCCUGAUGCCGACGGCUGCCCGUCCAGCGCCCUGCGCUCGCCGGGCGAGUGUGUGGAGCGCCGGCCGCCCCUGCGCUCUCGGACCCUGGAUGACCCUCAGUUCAGAGGUCAGGGAGGGUUGGGGGGUCACAGUAGAGGGAGCAUCACGUCCAGCUCAUCUCCGCAGCUCAACACGCUGCUGGCGCCGGCCGUCCCCUCGAGUUCAGGCUCGACUCUGCAGCUUCAGACGCUGCUGAAUAACAUGGACAGCCGGGAGGGGAUCUACUCCAAACUGGGCGGUCUGUACGCUGAGUCACUGCGGCGUCUGGCUCUGAAGUGUGAGGAACAUUUCACCAGCAGUCAGAGAAACCCGCUGCGCUUCGACGAGAGCAACUGGUCCCUGUUUAAACUGACCUGUAACAAACCCAGCUGUCUGUCCAGAGACGCCGUCUAUUACUCGGCCUCCUGCGCAUCUGACGCUCGCAACACGUACGCUGUGAAGAUGUGUAAAGGCCAGACGUCAGACAGUAAACAGGCUCAUCUGUACGGUCUGUCGGUGCAGCAGAACAUUUCUCCUCACUUUAAUCUGCAGCAGGACUGCGGUCACUUCAUCGCCUGUGUGCCGCAGAGCAUGUUACCCAGCGAGGAGAGCGCGGCCGGAUCGCCGGGCCUGGUGGAGCAGGAGCGGGUGGUGGUGAUCACGCGGGAGGUUCCCCGUCAAAGCGCCGCAGAUUUCGUCAGAGAGUGGGAAAGUUUCCACCGAGCGCAGCCGGAGGUUUACGAGCGCCGCGUCUGUUUCUUGCUCUUGCAGUUGUGUACGGGACUGGAGCACGUCAAAUCUCACGGGGUCACUCACCGCGACCUCUGCCUGGAGAAUCUGCUCCUGGCGCAGCACCGGCGGUCAGACCCGCAGCAGCAGUGCCUGCCGCGUCUCCUCAUCAGCAACUUCGCUAAAGCCAAGCAGCGCAGCUCCGACGACGCCACGGUUUGCGCAGACCCUCGUCUCAAGCGAGACCACGCCCGUCUGGCGCCCGAGAUCGUCUCGGCCGCGCAGUACAGAAAAUUUGACGAGUUUCAGACGGGCAUUCUGAUAUACGAGCUGUUGCAUCAGCGGAACCCGUUCGAGGUGACGCCCGCGCUGAGACAGCAGGAGUACGGAUGCGGAGAUUUGCCGUCCAUCCCCGACGUGUCGAUUUACUCGGGUGGGCUUCAGAGACUGGCUCACCUGCUGCUGGAGCCCGACCCCGGCCGACGCAUCCACAUCCAGGACGCCAAACGUGUCCUGCAGGGUUUGUUGUGGGGUCCGCGGCGAGAUCUUCUGGAGCAGCCGUGGGUUUACGGCGGUGGCAGCGGACACGAGGGGCUGCUCAACUGGCUGGACGUGAAGCGAGCGCUGCUCAUGAUGAAAUUCGCAGAACGAUCUCUGGAACCCGAGCGGAACGCUGAGCUGGAGGACUGGCUGUGCUGUCAGUAUUUCUCAACGGCCAAUCCAAAAUCACUGUGUCAAACUGCUGAGCUGCUCUACGAUCUCAAGUUCUCACUCUGAACCCCAUCCAGUACAUGCGUGAUGUCUCUCUCUCAUCUCAACUCCUGAUGGAAUAACUCUGUUAGUUCAAUAAGUCUGCCGUGGAUUCAGAUGAGAAAAACAAGCCAGUUAUUUGCUGAAUUCAUUGAAGACUUUGAGAUUUUUCUGAUGAAGUCAAAACUCGUCAUGUGUGACUUGAUGUUUUUGUGUGUCAUUAACACGGACUGACGGAUUUUUUUUACAUUACACAGUUUGAUUUCAUCUGAUGUGUUUUUAUGGAUUUCUCCGUUUUUUUGCUCUCAUGAAGAAAAGUGCAGAUCAUAUUUAACAGCAACAUCUAAAAACAAAGCAACAGUUUUAAGACACCCAGGUCUAAUAGACAUGCACACUUUCCACAAAGAAAUCAAUUCAAUGAAAUGUAAUGGCACAAUUUGGGCAAUAAUUGUCUUCAUGUUCAUUAGAUGGCCAGGAUCAUUUCUGCUGUGUUUUGUGUUGAUUUUGGUGGUGAAUGUUGAUCUGGACUGUUUCAGUAUUCCAGUUUUAAUCUCUAUGUUUUAACGCUGUACUGAUAUGAGCACUGUGACGUCAUCUAAAGCUCUGAGCGGCUCUCACUCACUUCAUGUUGAUCUUCACUGAUACCUUUGGGUUUGUAAAACCAGCAGUGAAGAAUUUGUGUGUGUGAGCGUGUGUGUGUGUGUGUGCGUGUGUGCGUG